UACUACCUUUGGAGAAGGUUAUUGUUUUUACAAUACUCCCACGCUUUUAUCCCUACCAUAAACUGAACGUGGUAGUUGUCGAUCGUUGCCUAUUGUUGCUCGUUACAGUUGCGGUGAAAAAAAUGUCUUAUGCAUACGGCUUAUUUCAUUUUAUAAUUUAAAAUAUGGACAGUGAACGGAUAAGGAAGCUCUCGGAAAAAACAAAUGAAAAUAUAGAAGAUAGAAAAUAUAAGACAGAUCUUGGAUUGUCUACAACUGCAGCAUUGAGUAUUUUACAGAGUGAUAUUAAAUGCGUUUUACAAGAUUACGAAGAUGAAUGCAGAAGAAACAAAAGAUACAAAGCUUGGCUGAAGGAUGCAUUACAUCAUCGUAGUCAAUAUACAACCCUUUGUUGGACAUCAGCAAUUGCAUUGUUAAUCAAUGGGCUCACACUUAUUAUUAUAUAUCUGUCUACAGGUGAAACAUGGUACUCAACACUGCCAUACGAAGGAUUAAUCAUUUGCUGCUUAACAAUUUUAAAUUUUAUUCUAGUUGUAUCAGAUAACAAACUACGUCAUAAUGAGAUUCCUAGUAGAAUUUAUGUUCUUUUGAAACAACUUGAGAAUGCACAAGCUAGAUGUACAUGGAAUAUUGAAAAUUAUCCACAUUUAUGUACACCUUUAUCACCAUGUUUAACUUUACAAUGGACAUAUCGCGAUGGCCAAAUAGUUAAUUUACCAUGGGCGUUAUUAGUUGUUGGAGACAUAAUUGUGAUGAAACCUGGUCAACAGUCCCCUGGCUAUUGUAUUCCAUAUAAUGAUCCUGACGCAUCAGCUUUGCAUACACAAGAAGUUUAUAGUCCACCAGUCCAUAGUGUAAAUGAAAUAUUUUCUACGCCGCAAGCAAGGCUACCUUUGAAAAAUAAGUUAUACAAAUUACAAGAAACUCCAUAUUUGACAAAUCUUAGAAUGGCUUUAGAUCAGGCUCUUGAUAGGCCUGUUACGUAUCAUAAUCGCAAACGUUUCCUUGUGAUGGUCUGUUAUAUAGAACAAUUGGCCUAUCCACUUAUUUUAACUACCAUUGUGGCCAUUAAUUUGUUUCGUUACUUAUAUCUGUCAGAACUCUUUGGUAUAGGAAGCUGGAUUGAAAUGUUUCUACUACAACCAGUAGCAGUGACUCUUCCAUUAUUACCAAUAAUCUUUCCUACUUGCUGGAUUUUUCUGAACUGUUUAGGAAUGGCACGUUUCAAAGCACUAUGCAAGCUUUAUCAGUCUUCAAAAAAACUUCAGUUUGUAGAUCCUUUUGAAGAUGCAGAUAUUUCAACUCCAAGUCAUCCUGAAAUAAUUUAUAAUUGGUUUGAAUUGAAGGAACACUUUUUAAAUAUUCUUUGUGGGAAAGAGCAUAUGAUGUCAAGAUCUGCAAACAUUCUUCAUGUUUUGGGUUCUGUCACAGCAUUAUGUUGUGUAGAUAAGAAAGGCAUUCUUUCUUGGCCUAAUCCAACUGCAGAAAAGGUUUUCUUCCUACAUAAUUCCAAUACUUUAUCAGCAGCUUCAAGCACUGGCAGUUUAGGAAAAACAACAGAAUCUAUGCCCAAUGAGGAGAAUACAAAAGAAAUUUCCAAUAGAACGUGUUAUGUACAACAUGAGAUAUCUCAUUCCACAGCAGAAGUAUUGGAUCUUACACAUGACCAUGCCCUACCAUUUCGUUUGCAAUUUGACGAUCAUUCUUGGAGACAACAUUUAAAUUCAUUGAAACCUCUAGGCUUAGCAAUUCUUUUGAACACAUGUAAUAUGGAAACUCAAGAACAUUAUACUCAAUUUUGUUGUCAUGUUACUUGUGAAGCUGUCUAUAACGAAAAUCUUGUGCCGGUUACAAAUAGACGAUGCCUAUGCGAAUUGGCGAAGCAAAUUGGUUUUCGAGAUCAAGCACAAAAAAUAUUUCAAUUAGAAAGGCAAUUAUCUACAUUCAGACAUGUGCAAGCAGACAAAGUUAAAAGAGAUAUUAAAUUUGCACGUUCUCUGAGUAUUGCAACAAAGUUGAAAUUUCCAUUUCCGCAUAUGGUUGCUGUGGUAGUAAAAGAACGUAGUGGCGGUAGUUUACAAUUGUUAACACAAGGUACUGCAGAUAUAAUUCUAGAUUCGUGUAUUGAAUUUUGGGAUGGCCACGAUCUUUGUCCCCUUUCUGCGUCCGAUAGGAAAAAAGUACAAGAUUUUUAUCAAAGAACAAGUUUAACAUCAUAUUGUACUGCAUUUGCUUAUAGACCAUUAACUAAAGGUGUUAAUAAGAGAAUGUCAGAAAUAUAUAUAGAACUUCCUGCAGAUAGUAAACAUUUAUAUACUCCACAUAGAAGUCCAACUCCUUUACCAUGGGAUUUUAGAAAUGUUCUAGACCCUAAAAUAAAGGGAAUGCUUGGACAAUUUCAUUCUACAGAUUCCUUAUUAUGUAAUGAAAAUAAUGAUGAUGAUGUAAAUGAUGUUGAAAGUUGUUUUGAACUUCAAUGUAAUCAAGUAUUUAUAGGAAUGGUAACUAUGCAGUAUCAAGCUCAGACUGACAUGGUUCAGUUGAUUGAACAGUUAGAAAGAGCCUGCAUAAGAUUCGUUCAUUUCAGUAAAGAAAAUGAAUUACGUUCUCGUGUAUUCUCGGAAAAAAUGGGACUUGAGAGUGGAUGGAAUUGUCACAUAUCAUUGCUCACAGAGAGGACUAGGUCAGAGAGUCCAGUGGGUUGUUGGGUGAGCCAGGCAGCAGCCAUGUCCUCACCCACUCCCUCAACGCAAUCCCAUCAGCAUAAAUACUCUUGCAUGGAUGAGGCCAGCCACUUGCUUAAUCGUAUAUCUCCUCGUAGUAACUUGGACAGCAGUCGAGCGAUGAGUAUGUCUGCACCAAGUGCUAUAAAUACUGAUAUGUCUACCGUGAGGUUUGAAGACGAACCCGCUGAAUGGAACUAUACCGGACCAAUUCAAGCCAAAAGCACCAUGAGCCAUAGGGAACAUGACACUGUAAGAAGCGAAAACAGUGUGCUCAUGCACAGUGUUGAUUUAGGAUCUGGUCAGGAGGCUUGGCGAUCUUUAAGUUGCCUUACUGAUAGCACAGAGCAAAGUGCGCCCGUUCAUUUUGAUUUAUCUAAUCGAGCUAAAUUACCGCGAGGUAUCGAUAAAAUACGACCUCAUAUAGAGUUAAUAGAUAAUGUACCUUUGUUAGUAUCUUUAUUUACCGAUUGCAAUACUACUGUAACGCGAGAAAUGUUGCAUAUUAUGCAAGAUUAUGGCGAAGUCGUAUGCGUUCUUGGAUCAUCUGCUAAUGCUGAAAAUAUGUCUAUUUUUAUGCAAGCCGAUGCUGCAGUUGCAGUAGAACCGUUAUACCCACAAGUGUGUCAAAAAAUACCAGUAUUGGCACAAACUAGGCCUGAUCAAGGGCCAUCUCCUGUUGAUUUAAGCAGAGCUUUAAAUUCUAUCGCUUGUUCAUUGAGCGUAAAGCGCGAAGAUCCAAUUACUAUUUUUCAUCUUAUCAUGGAGGCACGUCAUUAUAUGAAAUGUUUAUGGAAUUGUGUACAAUUUUGGUUGUGCUGUACAGUUACUCUUUCAUUUGCGCAAGCAAUAUCUGCUAUUUUGUUAUUACCGCCUUUAUUGUCUGUAUAUCAAAUUGUAUGGUUGAGCUGUUUGAUUAUACCCGUUUUAUCAAUAUCCAUGAUAGCUACUCCUAUGGAUUCUACUAUAAUGCAAAGAGCAACAGGAAAGAAUCAAUGCAUAAUAAACGGACAGGUAAUAUAUUCGUAUUUUAAUUUCAUUUCAUUUUAUGUUGUUCUUAAUAAAAUGAAUUUUCUUUAUUCACAGGUUGCAAUUUUUGUAUUGUGGUGUUAUGGUAGUAAAUUCUUGCCUACUAUUGUAACGGUAGUUUUAUCACAGUAUAUUUCUUUUUUGGUUUUAUGUCCGAUGUAUGUUACAACCGAUUCUAAGUGUGUUUAUAUAUAUCCUGAUUUACACGGGAAAGAUAUUUGGGGUGGUUGGGGUUCUAAGCCAAAUGUUAUGUUGGCGAUACAGCAUUUUGCUUUAGCAAUAUUAGUUUUACAUUAUGUAACAAUAUCAAUAGGAUUUGUACAUAGAGAAUAUUCCAUUUGGAAAAAAAGAUCUACGAAUAAUUAUUUGUGGUUUUUUAGCGCAUUUAUAAUAAUCUGUGCACAAGCAGCAUUCUCAGGGCAUGUGUUCUGCCAAUUUGUAAGAGAGGAGGGACCACAAAUAGAAAAUUUUUCUCUACAUCUACCAUUAUCGUACUUAAUUUCUUUACCAUUGGUUUUUGCAAUUAAUGAACUUGUUAAAUGGCAAGAAAUAAAACUAAAUGUUAGAUAUCAAAAGAGGGCCCGUUUGGAAUUUGGUACAAAACUUGGAAUGAAUUCACCGUUUUAAAGACUAAUAUUUUUCUAGAUAGCAAUAUGGGUACAAACAUAUAGUUUAAUAUAAAAUAAUUGCGUGCGAUAGAAUUUGAUUGUACAUACAUAUAAUCUUGAAAAUUAUAAAUUACGUAUCCGUCAUAUUGGAUAGAUAAUUUGUUUUUUGUAAGCGUGAAAAGUUUUUUGUAAUAAAGUUUUAAAUUGCUUACUUAGAAUUACAAAUUUGUUCGCGCGUAAUCAAAUUGGAGAAACUAACAAUAUCGUAUGUUUAUGUGGGGUGCUUAUUUAGUUAUAAGACACAUCUUUUCAUAAAAUAUAAAUGCAACUUACGUGCUUUCUUCAGUAUUGCGACUAUUUUGCUGCACAAUGACGCUGAGAUUACACAAUAUAAAAAUAUUGGACAGUAUGUAUUUCCCAUUGCAAUUUUUUAUUCUCCGACAUCGAGAUUUUUAUCUUUUUCUUUUAUUAUUUUUCUUUUUUUUCUUUUUUUUUAAAUUUUCGUGUUACGAUAUUUUUGAAUGUAUUUACAAAAGUCCUUCAAGAAAAUUUUUGCUUAAUUCGAUAUGAUUUAUCAAUCUAUAUUUCAUGGAAAAUGAAAUCUGAAACAAUCUAUUUAAACAUCCUCACGGUAAUGUCAUUACGAGUUUUCAAUAUUAAUGUACGUGCUGUUAUGAUAAAAAUUGUUUCGAAAUAAAACGUGUGAUAAGAGUGGAGCAAACGAAGAAAAUAUUAAUACGUUUUGAGAAGCGAUAGUGCAAAUCAUGCCCAGGAGAAAUUAUUAUAUGUUGCGAUCUCACGUUUUGCCAAAUAUCAAAUAUCUACGAUGAUAUUUAACAUGUUAACGAGAAAUCAUAUUUGAAAUCUAUAAAUAUGACUGACUGUAAGUUAUAUUCAAAUUGAAUACAGAUCUUUUGUAAAUAAAUAUUCAUUUUUCGAAAAGAC